AUGACCUUCAGUUUGACAGCACAAAUAGUAUGGCUUGUUUGCAGUAUUUCAGAACUUUCCACUCUCCCAAUUGAGUUGUCCAAAUGUAGUAAAGUAAAGGUACUCAAUUGUGACACAAAUCCACUCUUUGGACUGGUUAACCUCAAUACACUUUUAUUGGCACACAACCAACUGGACAGUAUUCCCCCCACUGUGGGACUCCUCAGGAAGUUGAGAAUACUCACAGUGGACGACAACGAACUGACAUCCCUGCCUGAUGAGAUGACCUGGUUGUCCCACUUGGCUGUCCUUUCUGUCUCCAACAACAAACUCACAAGCCUCCCCGAUGACUUUUCGAAUAUGCCCUCCCUGCGUGUACUCCAGUUGUCGGGGAAUCUUCUGUCGUGCAUCCCCCUCUCCAUUUUCAAACUGUCGGUGAUUCCCUCGAUAUAUGUGUCGACUGCCCAGAGGGGGAAUAUUCCUGUGCUGGAAGUGGAGAAUGACACAAUGAUAUGUCAGUACUUCCCUCAGGAGGGGCGUCCUUCCACUCCUGUCCCCCGAAUAGUCCACGUCUCACACUCCAACAAACUGGCCAUCCGGUCGUUGAUGUCAGUCUCCACCAAAUCGGUUUGUCUUGUUUGUGAGUGGAGAAACGACACGGGCAUCUCAACACAUUCGAGUUCGGAGUGUUCGAUGUGGACAGAUCAGCCGGCCGACCCCCCUCAGUCCACCCACAGGAGGUUGUGUGUCCCAACAGUGGUAGAUACUGGGGAAGGAGCAGAAGAGUGAGGGGAGAGGGGUCACUUUCGCGGAUGAGGACUCAUUGGAGGACAUCCCCGCCAGGGAGGCCUGUCGAGUGGAAGUGACUGUUUCCCACCACUUUGGGUUGCAUGGAGUUGGCUUCCGGGUGGUCGAGUUGGCCAA